AUGGCCGGGUGUGGGGCCACCCUGCUGCCGCUUGUCCUGCAGCUCGUAAGCCUGGCACUGGCCGCGGAGCCGGGUGGGGGUGGGGCCCUCUCCACGGAGCCCCCCAGGCUUGCCGACACCCAUGACUACCAGCAGCAGGCGCCCGCCCACUCCUCAGCCCGGCCCCCUCAGGAGCAGUGGCGUCCCCUGGAGGAGCGGCUGAGCCGGCUGGAGACUGAGGUGGUGGAGCUCCGAGAGCAGAACAAGGACCUGCAGGCCAGGGUGAGGCAGCUGGAGGCCUGUGAGUGCCGCCCAGCUGCCCCUCAGUGCUGGGCUCUGGGCCGGGCCUGGCCCGAGGGGGCCCGCUGGGAGCCCGAUGCCUGCACAGUCUGCAUCUGCCAGGACGGGGCCACGCGCUGUGGUCCCCAGCCUGGCCUUCCCCAGUGCCAUGGCUGCAGCUACAAUGAUCGGGCCUAUGGCAACGGGGAGACCUUUUCCCCAGAUCCUUGCACCACCUGCCACUGCCAGGCAGGGACCGUGAGGUGCCAGAGGCCAUCUUGCCCAGAGCUCAACUGCCUGGAGAGCUACACUCUGCCUGGAGAGUGCUGCCCUGUCUGCUGCACGGAAGGUGGCAUUCACCAGGAGCAUGGCCAAGAGUGGACCCCACCUGGGCACCCCUGCCAGAUCUGCAAAUGCCUGGAGGGCCAUGUCCAGUGCCACCAGCAGGAGUGUGCCAGCCUGUGCCCAUAUCCGGCCCGGCCUCUCCCAGGCACCUGCUGCCCCGUGUGUGAUGGCUGCUUCCUAAAUGGGCGGGAGUACCGCAGUGGGGAGCCCGUGGGCUCUGGGGAUGCCUGCUCACACUGCCGCUGCACUAAUGGGAGUGUCCAGUGUGAGCCUCUGCCCUGCCCACCUGUGCCCUGCAGACACCCGGGCAGGAGCCCUGGACAGUGCUGUCCAGUCUGUGAGGGUUGUGAGUAUCAGGGGCACCAGUAUCAGAGCCAGGAGACCUUCAGACCCCAAGAGAGUGGCCGCUGUGCCCGCUGCCUCUGCCAGGCUGGCGAGGUGUCCUGUGAGGAGCAGGCAUGCCCGGUGGCCCCCUGUGCCCUAUUGGAUGCUGCCCCCCAGCUCUGCUCAGCCUGUGUGCUUGACGGAGAGGAGUUUGCUGAGGGUGUCCAGUGGGAGCCGGACGGUCAGCCCUGCACUGCCUGCUCCUGUCAGGGUGGGGUGCCCCUGUGCAAGGCACUGCUCUGCCCGCCGGUCCCCUGCCAGCACCCCACCCAGCCCCCUGGUGCCUGCUGCCCCGGCUGUGAGAACUGCACCUACCGGGGCCAGGUGUAUGCCAACGGGCAGAACUUCACGGACGUGGACAGUCCUUGCCACGCCUGCCGCUGCCAGGAUGGGACUGUGAGCUGCUCCUUGGUCGACUGCCCUCCCACCACCUGCGACAGGCCCCAGAGCGGCCCCGGCCACUGCUGCCCCAGGUGUCCUGACUGUGUCCUGGAGAACCGGGUGUUUGUGGAUGGCCAGAGCUUCUCUCACCCCCGAGACCCCUGCCAGGAGUGUCAAUGCCGGGAAGGCCGAGCCCGCUGCCAGCCUCGGGCCUGCCCCAAGGCAGCCUGUGCCCACCCGCUGCCCGGUGCCUGCUGCCAGAGCGACUGUAGUGGCUGUGCCUUUGCCGGCAAAGAGUAUCCCAGCGGAGCGGAUUUCUCCCACCCCUCCGAUCCUUGUCGCCUGUGUCGCUGCCUGGCCGGCAACGUGCAGUGCCUGGCCCGCCGCUGCCCGCCGCCGACCUGUCCAGAGCCGGUCCUGCCUCCGGGAGAGUGCUGCCCGCAGUGCCCGGCCGCCGCCGGCUGCCCGCUGCCCGGGGGCGCGACCCCCGCCCGCCACCAGGAGCACUUCUCCCCGCCUGACGACCCCUGCCGCCGCUGCCUCUGCCUCGACGGCUCCGUGUCCUGCCAGCGGCUACCGUGCCAGCCAGCGCCCUGCGCCCACCCGCGCCGGGGGCCUUGCUGCCCCGCUUGCGACGGCUGCCUGUACCAGGGGAAGGAGUUGGCCAGCGGGGAGCGCUUCCCUUCGCCCACUGCCCCGUGUCAGGACUGUCUCUGCUGGGAGGGCAGCGUGAGCUGCGAGCCCAGGACCUGUGCCCCCGCACAGUGUCCCUUCCCCACCAGGGACGCCUGCUGCCCCGCCUGUGAUGGCUGUGAAUAUUUGGGGGUGACCUACCUGAGCAGCCAGGAGUUCCUGGAUCCCCGAGAGCCCUGCAACCUGUGUACCUGCCUUGGAGGCUUCGUGACCUGCAGCCACCGCCCCUGUGAGCUUCUAGGCUGCAGCCACCCACUGACCCCAUCUGGGCACUGCUGCCCGACCUGCCAUGGUUGCCUCUAUCAUGGGGUCACUGCUGACUCCGGAGAGACCUUUCCCGACCCACGUGACCCCACCUGCUCUGUCUGCACCUGCCAGGAAGGUUCUGUGCUCUGUCAGAAGGAGCCCUCCCCAGCUCCCUGUCUCCACCCCUCUCCGGGGCUCUGCUUCUGCUGUCUGCCACAGAAGUGUGCUGGUUGCCUCUUGGGGAGCCAGGAGCACCAGCGUGGGGAGGAGCUGGAGGGCCCUGCGGGCAGCUGUGGGUGGGCUGACCCUUGUCUCCCGCAGGCCGGCCAAGUCAGCUGUGUGCACCGCCAGUGCCCGCCCCUGCCCUGCCGGCUGCGGGUCACGGAGCAGGGGGCCUGCUGCCCUCGCUGCAGAGGCUGCCUGGCUCAUGGGGAGGAGCACCCCGAAGGCAGUAGCUGGCUGCCCCCCAACAAGCCUUGCUCCUCUUGCAUGUGUCACGAGGGCGUCGUCACCUGUGCCCGUGUCCAGUGUGUCAGUCCCUGUGCCGAGCCCCACCAGGGACCCGGUGACUGCUGCCCGAGAUGCUCUGACUGUGAGCACAAGGGGCGGAAGUAUGAGCCGGGGGAGAGCUUCCAGCCUGGGACGGACCCCUGUGAAGUAUGCAUCUGUGAGCUACAGCCCGAGGGGCCCCCCAGCCUGCACUGUCACCGUCGGCAGUGCCCUAGCCUGGUGGGCUGUCCCCCUAGCCAGCUCCUGCCGCCUGGGCCCCAGCACUGCUGCCCAACCUGUGCCGAAGCCUUGAGUAACUGCACAGAGGGCCUGCUAGGGUCUGUGCUGGCCCCGCCGGACCCCUGCUAUACUUGCCAGUGCCAGGACCUGACAUGGCUCUGCACUCACCGGGCCUGUCCUGAGCUCAGCUGCCCACCGUCAGAGCGCCACAUCCCCUCUGGGAGCUGCUGCCCUGUGUGCCGGGCCCCUGCUCAGUCUUGCGUGCACCACGGCCGGGAAGUGGCCCCUGGGGAGCACUGGGCCGUGGACGCCUGCACCAGCUGCUCCUGCACGGCCGGCACCGUGCGCUGCCAGAGCCAGCGCUGCCCGCCGCUCUCCUGUGGCCUUGACAAGGCGCCCGUCCUGAGUCCCGGCAGCUGCUGCCCACGCUGCCUGCCCCGGCCCGCCUCCUGCAUGGCCUUCGGAGACCCGCACUACCGCACCUUCGACGGCCGUCUGCUGCACUUCCAGGGCGGCUGCAGCUACGUGCUGGCCAAGGACUGCCGUGGAGGGGACUUCAGCGUCCACGUGACUAACAAUGACCGCGGCCGGAGCGGCGUGGCUUGGACGCAGGAGGUGGCUGUGCUGCUGGGAGGCGUGGCCGUGCGGCUGCUGCAGGGCGGGGCGGUCACGGUGGACGGGCGCGCGGCAGCCUUGCCCUUCCUGCAGGGGUCGCUGCUGUACGUGGAGCUGCGAGGCCGCAAGGUGAUACUGCACGCCCAGCCUGGGCUCCAGGUGCUGUGGGACGGGCAGUCCCAGGUGGAGGUGAGAAUGCCUGGCUCCUACCGGGGCCAGACCUGUGGGCUUUGUGGGAACUUCAACGGCUUUGCCCAGGAUGACCUGCAGGGCCCUGACGGGCUGCUUCUGCCCACGGAAGCUGCAUUUGGGAAUAGCUGGAAGGUUCCUGAGGGGCCUGGGCCUGGCCGGCCCUGUGCUGCAGGCCGCGAUGUGGAUCCGUGCAGGACAGCGGGUUACCGCGCCCGGCGUGAGGCCAAUGCCCGGUGUGCAGUGCUGAAGUCAGCCCCGUUUAGUCGAUGCCAUGCUGUGGUGCCCCCAGAGCCCUUCUUUGCUGCCUGCGUGUAUGACCUGUGUGCUUGUGGCCCCGGCCCCUCGGGGGACGCCUGCCUCUGUGAUGUCCUGGAAGCCUACGCCAGCCACUGUCGCCAGGCAGGAGUGACGCCCGCCUGGCGGGGCCCUACGCUCUGCGUGGUGGGCUGCCCCCUGGACCGUGGCUUCGUGUUUGAUGAGUGCGGCCCACCCUGUCCCCAUACCUGCUUCAACCAGCACAUCCCCCUGGGGGAGCUGACGGCCCACUGCGUGAGGCCUUGCGUGCCCGGCUGUCAGUGCCCCGCAGGCCUGGUUGAACAUGAGGCCCACUGCAUCCCCCCCGAAGCCUGCCCCGUAGUCCUGCUCACCAGGGACCUGCCACCCAGUGCUCCAUCUAGCUCCGGCUGGGGGCCACAGAGGGCACCCUGA